CCAUUUUGCGGCUCCCUGUAAAAAAUUCCACCGGGCCAAAUUGUCGUCUCCCGUCCCACGCCGUUUCUACGGCGUCUUCUGUGCUGAUUGUCUCACUGUCCAUGGCUUCGCUGCGUUCCUUUUCUCUCAUGAGGAAUGCUUCGGCAACUGGGGGAGUCUCUCUGUCUUCAAGAACCAUAGCGGCUACCAAAACUCCAAGAGCUAAGUCAGUUGGGAUCACCCAAAAGUCUCAUAGGAAUGCUUCAACAACUAUAUGCAUUUCUUUGUCAUUAAGAGCCAUGUCAAAUAUUAAAGCUUCAGGAGAGAACUCCAUCGGUACCACCUACAAAUCUCAAAGGUCUAUAUGUUGUGUUAGUCCUACAAACAAUGAAGAGACUUCUGCCAAAGCGGCUGCAGCUGAUGCUGACAGUGGAUCUCCAACCAUAUUUGACAAAAUCAUAGCUAAGGAGAUCCCUUCAAGGGUAGUCUUCGAGGAUGAAAAGGUCCUAGCCUUUUGGGAUAUCAACCCACAAGCCCCCGUUCAUAUUUUGGUCAUUCCGAAGUUUAGGGAUGGAUUGACAAUGCUUGGCAAGGCUGACGCAAGGCAUGGAGAGAUAUUAGGCCAUCUUCUCUAUGCUGCCAAAAUUGUGGCAGAGAAAGAAGGUAUCCUCGACGGUUUUCGUGUUGUCAUUAACAAUGGUCCAGCUGCAUGUAAGCUAUAAUCUCCUGCUCUUAUAUUUCCUUUUCUUGGUUUUUUUUUCUCAUGACCCCAUCUGACCGUGGGGAUAGGUGAAGAAAACUUGGAAUAGUCACAGAAUUUUGAAUUUUCAUGCAUUUUGAUUCCAAAAUGCAUAAUUUCUCUCUCUCUCUCUCUCUCUCUCUCUCUCUCUCUCUCUCUCUGUGCAGGUCAAUCUGUUUAUCAUCUCCACUUGCAUGUACUUGGCGGGAGACAGUUGAAAUGGCCACCUGGUUAGAUAUCAGAUUCAGAAUGCCCAAAGGAUUUUCUUUUUGAUUUUUAAUUUGUUUCACUUUUCUUUUUCCUCCCUUUCCUUCCCUUCCCAUUGUUCUCAACUCUGUAUGCAUCCUCGUAGUGGGGAAAAGCUGGGGAAGAGGUGCAAAGGGGCCAUCUCCCAGUGCUUCUGAUGAUCAGUCUUUGCUUUAUCUGCAAACCAAGAUACAUUGCACAAUAUAAACUCAGAAAUACAACAAGUGAUGAUGAUUUGAGCUGC